AUGUUGCAACUACUGCUCGUAUUUGGGCUUUUCGCCUUCUGGUUUGUGAUUUAAAAAAAUAAAAAAAACUUCUGGAGUUUAAAACUAGCUUUCAGAUUUCAUAGUUUCAUUGUCAAAUUGAUUUUAUGAGGGAAAAAAAGUAGCGAAAAAAAGUGAAAGUCUAAAUUCAUAACAUAGUCAAAUAUCGAAAUAGUCUAUUCUAUCUAUAGUCUGAAUAAAGUAAAACAUAUAAUUUUUGGAGUGGAGAGAUGAAUAAAAAAUAGACGUUCAUCAGACCGAAUAUUGCGGAUGAGGUACUGCCAAUCUAGGACAGCAAGCCUUUCAAGUUAAAAAACAAGGUCAAUCAUAAUUAAUAAACUAAUUCGAAAUACUAAAUUUAGUAUAUAAAGGAAAUUUCGUUCAAAAAAUUAAAACUAAAUAGUGUCCGAGAGCUGACUCUAAUGGGUCUCGAAACGCGCUAUACUGGUGAAAAGCGCUAGAGCACGCUUUCAGGCCCACCAGGGAACGUUUUUUUUACCCCCGGCAGGCUUGUGCGUCAGGCCGGGCAUCGGGGAAAAAAAAAUAUAAAAUUUCACUUUAAAAAUUUUCACCGAAAUGUUACUUUUACUUUUGAAAUCAUAGUUUUUGUUAAACUUUGAGUGAAAAAUUGAGCAAAAACGUAAUUUUUGUCGGAGAAAAAUUUGAUAUCCGACUAGAAAAAAAUUGCGCGUUUUGCGCCGGGCGGGCCAUUUUUUCUUGAGGCCUCGCUAAGGCCGGGCCAGGCCGGGCUUACGAAAUGGUCGGGGGCCGGGAGGGUGACGGGCCGGCCCUCGCACAAGCCUGCCCCCCGGUUGAACUUUUGAUGAAACUUUGCUGAAGUGUACUUUAGGACUCCCUGAUUGCAGAUCAAGACAAAAAUUUUUUGCAAUAGAUCUCGUUUUCUAGUUAAAUAGCUUCAAAGUGUGCAAAAUACGCAAAUUAGGCCAAAAAAUCGCUAUUUCGGGUUUUUGAAGCGUCCUAACUCUAAAACGAGAUCUAUUGCAAGAUUGCGAGAAAUUAUCUUUCUGUUCUGGAAUCAGGGAGUCUUAAAGUACACUUAAGCAAAGUUUCAGCAAAAGUUCAACCGGGGGUUAAAAAACGUUUCCUAGUCAGAAUAAUUUUCAAAAUAUUAUUUCAUUUCAACAUCACAUUGAUGCAUCAAUCUAUAUAUCUAGAUCUAUGAGUGAAAAGAAGUCUUAUUGUGGCUUUGAAUCUAUGAAAGUGAUUCAACUUGUAGAAUUAAAAGGUUCUAUUUUUAAGAUUUAGUUUUUUACGUUUCACAGUUGAUUUUUGCAAUUACUGGUCUGAGAAGAUGUAACUUUUGUUUUUUUUUUUCAGGCUACUUUGUCGAUAACUGUUAGGGUUUUGGAUGUUGUACAGCGUUUCAACGUGAAAAAAAAAGACAACGCUUUGAUAUUUUUUUUUUGUUCUUGAAAAGUUCAUAUUUUAGCAACGCAGCGUUGAUCACUGAUCUUCCUGGACAACCACCGGUGAACUUCAAGCAGUACUCCGGCUACUAUAAUGUGGGCGCCAAAAAAAAUCACAUGCUCCACUACUGGUAAUUAUGAAUCAUAAUUUGCUGGCUAAACAGUCCGUUGAGGUUUGUCGAAUCGCAGAACAACCCAGCCAAGGAUCCGGUGCUUGUUUGGCUGACUGGCGGCCCAGGCUGUUCUGGUCUGUCGGCUCUGCUCACCGAGUGGGGACCCUUCAACGUUAGUUGAAUGUUCUUAUCUCGCCAAUGAAAACAAUCCCAUAAAGAAUUCGAAAAAUAAUCUGAUCCCUCAAUAAAAAUAAUCUUUUUCGAGAAUUGAAUACAAGCGGUUUUCAUGACUCUAGAGCGUCAUAUACCUCCCAAAUUCCAGAGCUUGAACUUCAUUUGAAUCAAAAAUUGAAACAUGUUUGAAGAUUGAUUUGAGAAGAUUUUAUUUUAGGUGAACUCGGACGGUGCCUCUCUGUCGAUAAAUCCUUACUCGUGGAACAAAAAUGCUUCGAUCCUGACUCUGGAAUCUCCUGCCGGCGUCGGAUACUCUUACUCUAUCGACGGAGACGUUUCUACCGGCGAUGACCAGGUAACUUAUUUUCAUUUUAGGAAUUGAUGCAUGAAAUCGUACGUAUGAAGUUUGAAAAUGCUGUCUUGAAUAUAUAAAAAUAAUGAAACCCAGCUUCCCACUCUUUUUUUUCACUUGAUGGUUUAAAAAUCAUGGUAUUUUUUCCAUUUUGAGAGCGCGUCUGAGAACUGGGAAGCCCUGGUUGCCUUUUUCAACGAGUUCCCUCAGUACAAAUCUAACGACUUCUACGUGACUGGCGAGUCCUACGGAGGUAACUUCCGAUUGAAUCGAUGAAAACGAAAAGUUCUGUAGGAAUCUACGUUCCUAUGCUGACGCAAACGAUCCUCGACCGACAGGGACAGUUUAACAUCAAUAUCAAGGUUCGCUACAGCAACCUGGCCGAUUAGAUAAAAAAAAUGAUGACAACUUUACUGGGCCAAAAGAUAACAUACAGGAAAAAAAUUGGCUUACGAAAUUUAAUCAGAUAUGAUAUGAGGAGUGAAAAACGACGAAUUUUAUCACAGUUUUUUCGUCUUUUGACAUCUUUUCAAUAUGAUGUCGGAACUUCAUUCAAAAAUUUAUUCAUAAUUUCCUGUAAUUUAGAAUAUUUGUCAUUAACAUUUUAUUUUCUGUUAACACUAAAUUCUGUAUUUUUCUUACUGGCAAGUCUUUCGCAGUCAAGAGAGUGUACCUAAAAUUCUGUCAAGGUUCCUUGUCUUUUUUGAAAAGCAAAAGAAUCUCAUUCAGGGCUUUGCGAUCGGUAACGGCUGCGUGUCGGCCAACGAAGGAACCGAUUCGCUCAUUCUCUUCCUCCACGCGCACGGCAUCCUCGACGAAACGUAAGGGGAAUUCCGACGCUUUCUGUAUCCGAGAACGUCUUCAGACAAUGGCAGAAGGUCAAGUCGCAAUGCUGCGCCAACAACACGGACGACUGCGCCUUCCACUCGUUCAGCACUUUGUCCUACUGCGGAGAGUUCGCCUUUGCCGCUCAGAACACUGCUUGGUUUGUACUCAAUAGGGGUUGAGUCAAAGAAAAGUGUACUUUGGAUGAAAUUCCCCUUUACAAGUCUGUUCAGUCUUCAGAGAAAAAUCUGCUGAAUCAUGGAAUAGUUGAAGAGUUUUUGGUCGGUUCGCAAACCGUCUUUUAUUAAAAACGGCAUUUUGCAGUCAUAUUCAAAAAUUGCAGGGGAGGUGGUUUGAAUCCCUACAACAUGUACGCCAACUGCUACCAAGGCGGUUCUGACCUUCCGCUUCGCUUUAAGCUCGACUACCAGCGACGCUUCAACCGCGAGCCGGAACCAGAAAUUGUUUAGUUUUUUUUUUUUUCAAUACAACAAUUCUAAUCACUGUUUUCUUAGUUUGUAAACUUUGAAAACUUUCGAAUCCUCUUCUCACUACUCGAUCCGCUUUGUGACCUUGUUUUUGCGAUUUUUAUUCUGGUUUCAGCUUUCGUCGGUGCCGUGCUUGAACGAAAAUCCGGUCACUGACUACCUGAACAAACCUCUUGUCCGAAAAGCUCUGGGAAUUCCUUCGAGCCUCGGCAGAUGGGAGAUUUGCAGGUAUUUUUUUCUCAUCAGUUCAUCAGGACUUUAUUUCAAUUUUUUUUCGGUUCGAAAUAAACUUGAAAAAGUUUUUUAUGGACUAGUAAUAUUAGACAAACAGUAGAAAAUUCCAUUCAAUGAAAACUUUUUUUUCCAGCAACGUCAUCUCAAACACCUACAAGCGCCAGUAUGGUGACAUGACGUCGCGAGUCUUGAAUGCCGUUGUCAACAAAAAUUUGAAAGGUAUUUUUCUUGAUUUUGAUUAGAUUUUCAAAAAACCAUAUAAUUUUUCUUUUUUUUCAAAUGAUUAUUAAGGUCCUUUUCUCGUAAAUCUUGAAUAGAUUUAUUAAACUCGUAGAAGCAUUGAAUGACAUGUAAUACCUUCAAAAAAUUAGCUUAUCAGCAUUACCAUUCGGGUUUAAGCUCCUUUGAACACCCAAACAAGUAUUUUCGAAAAAGGCCUUUCUUCUUAACUGGAGCACCUUCCAGGAAUGCUCUACAACGGAGACGUCGACUUGGCCUGCAACGCCCUGAUGGGCCAGCGAUUCUCGCACAACCUUGGAAUCCCGGUGAGCUUCGCGGAAAACGCUGGCGGCGGCUCUUUGAGCCAAAAGAGCACUUUGAGAUUAAUCGUUUGUCUGGCAAGUCAGGUGUCGCCAGGCUCGACACCAACUAAACUUGCAACUCCAUCACGCCAUUUUUCCAUUGAAACGGAAAAGUCUGAUUAGAGUGAAAUUUCUUGGCUUAUUUGUCGACACACUACUGUAAAUGAGAUAAAGUAAAAAAUUUGAUUGUAAAAAAAAACUGAGGAAAAAAGGCAGCACCUUGAAUUUCCCUUUAUUUAUAGUUCUGAAUGACCACUUUACUUUAUGAUCUAUGAAUAUUGAAAUGACUGUGAGAGCCUUCGAACGUAGCAUAUUAAGUAAUAUGGUGAAAGAAAUCUGGCUAAAUUAUUUCAAUCGGUGGUGUAAUGUAUUCCUUCUCAGAACUCAAAAUAAUAAUCAUACAGAGACUGGUAAUAAUCAUUUUUGAUAUUUUUGUGAAGCUCACUCGACCAUUUUUUCUUUUGGACUUGCUGAUAUGAAUGUCUCGUUACAGCUCCAAAAGAAAAAGGCGCGGUACAUGGUCCAAGGUCAGGUUGGCGGCUACCACACUCAAUACGGAAACAAUCUUCACUUUGUCACUGUUCGCGUCAGUUAUUUUUUGAUACCAAAGAUUCCGAGUGGAAAUUGCUAGAAUAAUAGGGUUUUUCAGGGCGCUGGACACAUGGUUCCUACGGACAAGCCGGCCGUCGCCGACCACAUCAUCCAGUCGUUCUUGUUCAACAAGGCUUUCUGA